ACGGCGGUAGCGAUGGUGAUCCCGGCGACUCCGAGAACCUCGAGGAGUUGAAGUAUAAUCCAGCCGACGACCGCUACCCCCGCAGGUUAGAAGGGAAGAAACUCCUCUGGGGCGCCUCGAACGCUGGCCCGCUGCGCCAUGGGCUUGAGAGUGGCCGCACGCGGAAGCAGACCCGGGAGAUGCAAGGUGCCGGGGAGAUGCCGGGGCCCGGAGAAACACCGGACCCGGAAGAGGCAUUGCUGGCGACCAUCCUGGAAACUGGCGGGACGGGGAUUGUUGAGGACUACAUCUGCAACUCGCUUGUGAAGGAGCAGUGGGACGAGGAGCAGACACGCCGUAUGGAGGAGAUGUACAGGCGCGAGAUGCAGGAGGUGUUGGGCCCGGAACAGCAGGCGUUCGGGGCCGAGGUCGACGCCAGCGGGUCUUCGCAACCACUCCCAGACCCACAGCUAAGUAUGACCUCGCCAAUCGGGCAGAAGCCGAGUGAUGUGGAAGCAGUACCGAUGACGUACAAGGAUGUGAUGUGUUCCAAGUACAAGGUUUUCUGGGAGGCGGCCAUGAAGAAAGAGAUAGAUGGCCACGACAAGACUGGAACCUUUACCAAGGUCAAGGAGCUGCCCGAGGGGCGGAAGGCCAUAGGUUCAAAGUGGGUGUUCUCUUGGAAGACGAAUGAGAAGGGCCUGAUAGUCGACUUCAAGGCCCGUAUGGUUGCGCGGGGUUUCUCUCAAAUCCCCGGCAUCGACUUCCACCACUCAUCCUCAGCGUGCCCGUCUGCAGCGUCUAUCAAGACGGUGAUUGCCGUAGCCACUGAAAAGGGCAAGAAACUCGCUCACUGGGAUGUGAAGCAAGCGUACACCCACGCUAAGCUAAAAGAAGAAAUAUACCUCAGGUUCCCGGAAGGCUGUGGUAGCAUGUCCGGCAAGGUGGUCAAGGUUGAGCGUGCCCUGUAUGGCCUCAGCAGAGUGGCCGUGAGUGGGGCUUUGAGACUGCCGAUGCCCUCAUCGAGAAUGGAUACGAGCAGUGCAGGGUUGACCCGUGUGUCUUCCGGAAGGUGGUGGAUGGAGAGGUCGUAGGUCUCAUCGUGAUCUACGUUGAUGACAUCUUAGUGGCGGCAGACGAGGGAGAGCGAGAGG